AUGGUCGGGAAAACGUCUUGUGCUGUAUGUAGUAAAAGUAACGGUGUGUGGAAAUGCCAAGGCUGUUCACAAGCAUUUUGCUCUGAACAUGUGAACUAUCAUCAACAAGAAUUAGCUGAACAAAUGGACGUUGUUGAAAAUGAACGCAAUCUUAUUCUACAGAUUCUCACUGAACACACGGCGACAUUCGAAAAAGAUGCAAUGAUAGAAAGAAUCAAUCAAUGGGAAAGAACAUCCAUUGAGACCAUUCGACGAGAAGCGACUGACGCACGAUUGAUGGUAUCAAAACACGCGAUUGAACGUAUAGAUGAACUGAAAAGUCGCUUGCAGAAGCUAACGGAAGAUCUAAGAAUCAAUCGAAACGAGAAUAAUUUUCACGAAACAGAUCUCUACCGAUGGAAGGCCGAUUUAACGCAAUUGAAAAAUGACGUACAAAGUAAAUUAAUCAAGAUGAAAAUUUCAAAAGAUUCUACGCCGCUUGUUUACAAGAUCAUUCUCGAACCUACAGUGCCGGAGAUAUCAAAGUCAGAGUUACCCUCUUCACCAGUGGGAAACUACAAGAGAUGGUCACGAAACGGUAUAACUAUCGCCGGUGAACAAGAGUCAGGAUGUCGAAUUACUCAGUUUUGUAAUCCAGUGCGAAUCUGCAUGGAUGAUAAUAAUCAAACGCUGUAUAUUGUUGAUCAUUGGAAUAAUCGUAUUAUGAAAUGGAAAUCAAAUGCUAUGUGCGACAUCAAUUCUGACCAAAGAUUAGAUCAAUUGAAUCGUCCAGGAGACAUUAUUAUCGACGAAUUAAACGAUAGUUUAAUUAUUAGUGAUGUCGGCAAUCGACGAAUAGUACAAUGGCCACGUCAUCAAAAUGAACCGAUCAAAGUAAUCAUUUCAGAUAUUGUAUGCCAAGGUUUAGCUAUGGAUAAUUGUGGCAAUCUUUAUGUGUCCGAUUAUGAGCGACAUGAAGUAAGACGAUGGCAAAUAGGUGAUGUUCGAGGAGUAUUAGUUGCUGGUGGUAAUAAGCGUGGCAGUGGCUUGAAUCAAUUAGAUUCACCGACAGGUAUCUUUGUUGACCAUGAACAAUCAGUUUAUAUUGCCGAUUAUUUUAACCAUCGUGUAAUGAAAUGGAAAGAGGGCAGUCAAGAAGGAACAAUCGUUGCUGGAAGUCAGACUGAAGGGAAUGGCUUAGCACAAUUAUCUGGUCCGAAUAGUAUUCUUGUUGAUCAAUCUGACACUAUCUACAUCGCCGAUACAAAUAAUCAUCGAGUUAUGCGUUGGUUAAAAAAUGCAUCACAAGGCACUGUAGUGGUUGGUGGUCAUGGACAUGGUGGGCAAUCCAAUCAACUUUAUAAUCCUCGAGGAUUAUUAAUGGAUCGAGAGAAUAACCUCUAUGUUGCCGAUAGUUCGAAUCAUCGAAUACAGAAAUAUCGGAUUGAAUCAAGUUGA